AUGGGCUUCUCUUACGGUAGCACCGGAGUUAUCAUCGUCGGAGUUAUUCUAAAUGAUUUUGUGAAAGCGGUUUCUUCUAUUCUUGAUCCAGCUCGUUUAUUUGGUGUUUAUUCGUCGGAAUCUAGUAUCGCCGGCAAAAACAAGAUUCCGAUGGAUGAUAUGCUCCCGGCAACAAAAUUCGAGGAGAUGUCACGGGUCAAUCCGCCGGAGAGCUGCCGGAUAUGUCAAGAUGAGUUCGACGGCGAUGAUGAAGUCCGGUGUUUGAGGAAUUGCGUACAUGUUUUUCACAAAACGUGUAUUGACCGUUGGAUCCAUGACGUUAAGAUGACUUGUCCUUUGUGUAGGACCCCUAUUAUCCCUGAUUUCUAUUUUUUUCGUUUGUAA